GCCCAGACCGCCGCCUUCGAGGUGGACGGCACGAAGGUCGCCGUGGACUUCGGCCAGAGGAGCGUCGCCUGCGAGAGCGAGGCGCGGCGGGCCAGCGCGCGUGCGGAACCUCAGGCAUGCGCCGCGCCCGCGUCACGGGAGCCCUAUACUACUGAGAGGAACCGAACAUCCACGCGUGCCUCGCCGGCCAUGUUUUUCGACCCGGCCAUGAUGGCGGCGGGCGGCCCCCCUCCGCAGGCGGUGCUGGACAAGCGCCCCUGCUGGAUCUUUUUGGCCGUCCUGCUCCUCGGCAUCGCCAUCGUCCGUUUCAUCACGGUGGACCUGGUCGGCGGCAUUCUCGCAGCUCUCAUGUUCUCCAUGGCGUGGAUGAUGAUCUCGGACGGGAUGGUUGAGAUGCACAGGUGUCGCUUGUCUUCGGCGUGCUGUGCGUGCUGUGCAUGCUCUUCGAUCUGGUGCCGCUCCUGAGCUCCCUCGACGGCCGCUCCGAGGUGACCUACCAGCCGGUGUCCCGCUCGCACACGACGUCUGGCUUCUCUGUGAUGUACACCGCGGUCGUCAAGACGACCCCGCUGUUCGACUCGAGCCAGGGCUUCGUGU